AUGCCCGACUUUGACUACAAGUUCCUGGAGAAGCCCAAGCGGCGACUGCUGUGCCCUCUGUGCGGGAAGCCCAUGCGCGAGCCCGUGCAGGUUUCUACCUGUGGCCACCGUUUCUGCGACACUUGCCUGCAGGAAUUCCUCAGUGAAGGAGUCUUCAAAUGCCCAGAGGACCAACUUCCCCUGGACUAUGCCAAGAGCUACCCAGACCCAGAGCUGGAGGUCCAGGUGCUUGGCCUGCCCAUCCGGUGCAUCCGCAGUGAGGAGGGCUGCCGCUGGAUUGGGCCACUUCGACAUUUACAGGGCCACCUGAAUACCUGCAGCUUCAAUGUAAUCCCCUGCCCCAAUCGCUGCCCUGCCAAGCUGAGUCGCCGUGAUCUGCCUGCACACUUGCAGCAUGACUGCCCCAAGCGGCGCUUCAAGUGGGAGUUCAGUGGUUGUGACUUCGGUGGGGAAGCCUAUGAGAGCCGUGAGGGCAUGUGCCCCCAAGAGAGUGUGUACUGUGAGAACAAGUGUGGUGCCCGCAUGAUGCGGCGACUACUGGCCCAGCAUGCCACUUCUGAGUGCCCCAAGCGCACCCAGCCUUGUACCUAUUGCACAAAGGAGUUCGUUUUUGACACCAUCCAGAGCCACCAAUACCAGUGCCCAAGGCUGCCAGUGCCCUGCCCCAACCAAUGUGGCGUAGGCACUGUGGCUCGGGAGGACCUGCCGAAUCAUCUGAAGGACAGCUGUAGUACUGCCUUGGUGCUAUGCCCAUUCAAAGACUCCGGUUGCAAGCACAGGUGCCUUAAGCUGGCAAUGGCGCGGCACGUGGAGGAGAGUGUGAAACCACAUCUGGCCAUGAUGUGUGCCCUGGUGAGCCGGCAGCGGCAGGAGCUGCAGGAGCUUCGUCGAGAGCUGGAGGAACUAUCAGUAGGCUGUGAUGGUGUGCUCAUCUGGAAGAUUGGCAGCUAUGGGCGGCGGCUACAAGAGGCCAAGGCCAAGCCCAACCUCGAGUGCUUCAGCCCAGCCUUCUACACACAUAAGUAUGGUUACAAGCUCCAGGUGUCUGCAUUCCUCAAUGGCAACGGCAGUGGUGAGGGACAUCUCUCUCUCUACAUUCGUGUGCUGCCGGGAGCCUUUGACAAUCUCCUUGAGUGGCCCUUUGCCCGUCGUGUCACUUUCUCCCUGCUGGAUCAGAGUGAUCCAGGGCUGGCUAAGCCACAGCAUGUCACUGAGACCUUCCACCCUGACCCAAACUGGAAGAAUUUCCAAAAGCCAGGCACUUGGCGAGGCUCCCUGGAUGAGAGUUCUCUGGGCUUUGGAUACCCCAAGUUCAUCUCCCACCAGGAUAUCCGAAAGCGAAACUAUGUGCGGGAUGAUGCAGUUUUCAUCCGUGCCUCCGUUGAACUGCCCCGGAAGAUCCUCAGCUGAGUGCAGAACUGGCAGGCUCAAGGGGAGAAGGGGGAUGGGACAUGACUUGUCAGGCACUGGUUGAACCUGGAGAGGGGGCCGGACCCCCUUUUAGCUGCUUAUGCUGCCUGGGUUGUUAACCCUGUUCUCCCCCGACCACUACCACCCUCAGGUGCCUCCAACUGGUGCUUCAGCCCUGGCCUCUGUGGGGAGCAGGUCUCUGGGUUAUCAAGGGCUGGAAACAAGUGAUCCCGGGGACUGUCUCCCCUCCUGGGCAGGGCAGGUAUGCCUUGGUGCCGGCCACAUUCUACCUGGACUGAGCACCUGCUUAGGUGCUAUGUCCCAAGAGCCAUAGGGAGGGGUUGGGAAAGGGAGGGGUAGUUAAAAGAAUCUGUCUUGAGAUUGAUUUUUCUUCUUUCCCCAACUGUGUCCCUUCUGGUUAUUUAUUUACUUAGCGCCAGGAAGGCACAACAGGGGAGCCCUGAU